CCCCACACCACCGAUAACUACAAUGUCAUCCUCUUCGAAGCCAUCCGACACUGCAAAGACUGCAGAGAAGACAAAGACGGAGGAUGCGCAGCCCCAUCUCGGUGUUCUAGAGGAAGAUGACGAGUUCGAGGAGUUCGCCGUUCAAGACUGGGACGACUCGCAGACCGACCUCGCUCACCUUGGAGGAGCUGCUCCUGGUGCCGCCAAGUCUGGCGGAGACAAGCUUUGGGAGGAUAACUGGGACGAUGAUGAUAUCGAGGAUGAGUUCAGUGUGCAGUUGAGGAAUGAGCUGGCCAAGACGGGCAAGGGGACGGCCGAGCCCAUGCAGCACUGAGAAGUGAGGCGUGGUCAGGAUAUCUUGAGGUCCACGGCGAGUGUCCCUGUACCUAUGUAUCUGAACCACAUCAAACGCAUGAUCAUCUCUGGUAUCAAUUGUAAUGUUACUUCUUACCGCAUGGGUGUGCUGUCAUGUUUGAACAUGCUCAUAUCCAUUGAUCCCAAUCGAGGUCCUCGUCGGAACACUUCCA